GCCUCGCGCAGUGUUGUCAGUCGCGUGCGGAAAUGUGGUGUCAAAAGAUAAUGAAAAGUGUUCCCCCGACGCUCUAAGCACCAUAUGAUCCUACCAUAAAACAACUUUUGGCAGCAACUGGAUUUCAGUGACGAAGGAGUGGAAGCGAUACGUCGUGGCUUUCUCAAAUGAAGCUUUACAAGCAGCUGCAUUCGGCCAGCGUUGUCAGCACUGAGCCCUACCCGCCCGAGAACCAAAAUGUCGACCCAGGUUACUGUGCAUCGGAUGGUGACCACCACGACCACCUCCGCCUUUCUCAUCAACGUCGGCUAUCUCAAGACCUUCCCUGGGAUUCUCAAGAUAUUCCAGAUUAUCCUCGGCUGCGUGGCCAUAGGGAUUAUUGGCCACUACAUUCCCUGGACGAGGACGGCGGAUUUCAUGGUUCCCGAGCUGUUCUUCCUCCUGAUAGCGACGGCAUGUCUCAUCACCACGACCCUUCUCCUCAUGUCGUGCCUGUGCUCGAUCGCCACUGCCUCCAUCAUCCCGAAGACACUGUUUGUUGUCCUGUUACACGGUACAUUAUCCUACCUCCUAGUGUGUUCUUCUAUUAAUCUACUGAGGGAACUGGUGGCCAGGAACGAAGGAUAUAAAAUAUAUGAAAGAGGCUACAACUCAAAAAUAUUUUCAGGGGCUUUGGGUCUCGUAAACACAGCACUUUAUAUUCUCUCCAGCAUCUACUCAGUGAGAACCUUCAGACGAGGAUAAAGUGGAGAGAAAGUCGAAAAUGGAACCGCAGAAACUGUGCAACAUUUUCUGUUUUCUUUGGGAAUUCUUAAGCUUGUAAUUACUUGUAGUGUUAUAUAGAGAAGACAAAAAUCUGCAUUUUAAAAUCUAGAAUGAGAUGAAAACAGGAUUUUUAUAUUUUCAUGAAGUAUGUCUGUCUUUUGUGUUCAGAAAUGGUGUGCAGAUUUGGCAGAUAUAGUGGAUGAAAGUUAGAUUUUUCUUUCUCUCUUUCUUCUUUUCUAUUUUCUAAAUGCAUACAAAUCAUACAAAAUUGAAAGCCAUUUUUAUCAUUUUUCUUUCUCUCUUUCUUCUUUUCUAUUUUCUAAAUGCAUACAAAUCAUACAAAAUUGAAAGCCAUUUUUAUAAGCAGGAACUGUAAUCUCUUUCCGUUUUUACAAAUAAGAAAAGAGAUUAUGCAAAUCAUACAAAACUGAAAGCCAUUUUUAUAAGUUGGAAGUAUAAUCUCUUUUUACAAAUUCAAUAAAGAAAUAUUGAAAAAUGGAUGUCUUAUUGAUGUCUUGUAGCAUUUUCUUGGUGCCUUACUUUGGUGUCUUUGUCACCUGAGCAAGUAGUGACAUUUUUAUGCCCAGUCCAAUGUCACAGAUGCAUAAACACAAUAUUUGUAAACUGAAAUGAGAAAGACAAAGAAUACGAAAAGUGAAACCCUCAAUAUUUUUUAUUUUUACCAUGAGAGAAGUUUUAAUUUAAAACACUGUAACUUUGUAUUUCUUGUCAGUUCUUAUGGUAGUGUUUCACUCAGGAGUCAAUUAACUUGAGUGUUCUUCUUGAAAUACUUAAUAUAAAUGUGUAUUAUAAAGCAAUUUCAAUGCAUAAAACCUAUGGUAGAUAUGCUUAUGGUAUUAGUCAAGUAGUGAUAUGCCCAUUGUUGUCAGUGAUUUUUCUUGUAGUCAACGUCUUCUUAUUGUAAAGUUGAGGCUUUAAGAUAUAUCCUGCAUAUUUACCAUGAAUAAGGCACAUUUAUAUAUAUUUUAUAUUAUUUAUACUGUAUGAACCUUUACAUUACUCAUUUCAUGUAAAGUGAUCUUAGAUUGUGAAAUUGAGUGUAUUUGUUUAUAUGAACUUAAAAGGGAGGUGCCAUCAUAUAAGGAGAUAUAGUUACUGUAAUUGAUUUCCAAAAGAUAAAAUGCAAAAAUUUAUCAAUUGUAUUUUGAGCUCUAAUAUUUUGAUGUACCGUGAGAAAUAAAAAGAAAAGAAAAGAAAAAGUCUACAUAACCAUGAAAAAAUCACUUGUUUGAUGAAAUUGAUGAAAUUCUGAAUGAAUGAUUUUCAUUUCUUAUGAUCAUUAUUCCCUCCCAAACUUUUUUUUUUUUUUUUAUGAUGGCCAUUUUUUUUUUCUUCUCCAUAUCUGCUCUCUUGGUUUUAUACAUGUGUAUACUCUACUAUGUGUCCAUAUCAUUUAUCUUGUAGUCUCAUUUAUUUAUACCAUAUGAUUUUGUGAUAUCUGUAAAAAAAAAAAGAAAAAAAAAAGUAAAGGAAAAAUAUAGAGAGAGAAAUGGAAUUAGUUAUUUAGUCUAUUAUGAUAAGGUAAAUUUAUGUCUGAACAUUUGUUUCAGUUUUUCUUUGGAAUUUCAUAAUUUAUAAUGAAAAUUACCUUGAAUAGUCAUACAGUAAAUAAUUAUGUUUAUUUAUAUGAUUAAUGUACAACAUAUUUUUUUCUGAAUAUUACUUGAUGGUGUUCAUCUUCACUGACUUAACUGGACGUCUAAAGUCAUUUUUUUAUAUAUUAGAUGUAGCUGACUUAAUGUUCAUACUCCGUGCCUCAGUUGUCUCUUAAAAUGCAAAGAGCAAUGUGUUUGAAAUAUAUUUAUGUACUUGAUACAAAAGAUUCAAAUAAAUAAUUUUUUUGUGGACUGUAA